AUGCCGGAAUACACCCUGAAGUUCUCCUCUUCUACGGUUGCGGAUACAGCCGCGUUCAAGUUGCUUGAGCUGCCACCCGACCUGAGCAAGCUGGUCGAGUCGAAUCCCGAUGAAUCCUCGAGUUGGUCGAUCAAGGGGAACCCUGACGAGGAUGCUGUGCUCUGUACCGCAAACAAGACCUACACCAUUCGCUCGAUAGUUCUUUCAAACUCCGUCAUCGUGGCAACAGCAGGGGUCGAGGAAGGCACCUCUACCGAUGAGGCUUCUUAUUCUACCUCUGUCGAGAAGUUCACGUAUGAGGAGGCAAGAGCGACGUUACAAGCGAGCGACACGGAGCUAGACCAAGGCCUCAAGAAGAGACGUGUUCUUAUUCUCAACGGCGAGCUUCGCCCGAUCUCUCCGACCUACCUGAACGCCAUACUCGAGCUUUUGCUCACCCAUCUCGUCUCAUUAUCCCUCCCGCAUGAUUCCGCGUCAAUAGACGCGUUGUGCUCUACACUUCAGGACGGUUACGACGUCCGGAAAGACGUCUGUAAACAGGUGAUGGCCUGGUUCGGUGACAUGAUCGACGGCGAGUGGUGCAUGGACAAAACUGCCGUUGUGCGAGAGAUCGGUCUCGGCAUGCUGAGGCCUUACAGGGAAGAGUCGAUACCACUCGACGAGUUCCUCACAAAGUGGCGUAAAAGUGUUGGCGACACCUUCGAGUCCGAGGUGUCCGUCGACCUCCUCUCCGGCAACUACCUCACACAAACAGACGUGCUCAAGGAGCCGCCUAUCGUGGUCCUCACAUACUUCCCGUCCUCCCAGCUCCCCAUCGACCCCGCGGCGCGCUUCACGAUCUCUUCCUUACACGGCCGCGCUGGAAGGCUGACGAAAUUUCUCCGUUCCUCGCGGACAUCGUCGUGGAUGCCAAGGAACGGGACAAGUUCCUGCUGA